UUUCGUGAGCAAGACGUAUUGUAAAAGUAUUUUAGCAAUUUUUACCCAUUUUACAGAUAAUCACUGUCUUGUCUGCGUUCAACAAUGGCUGGAAUCAGUCAGCAACGACUGAUAGAAAUGGAGGCGGAGAUGGAUAGGUUUGAAGCUGAGAUUUUGUCUGAGCCAUCCGCCAGUGAUCUGCCACGUGUUGUGAUAGGAUCUAACACCUACAACCAAGUCUCCUCCCAGCUGAAAAUGCUCAGGGCACAGACAAACAUGUCCGAUAGUGAACGCAAACAGCGCCAGCAAGAGGUCUCCAGUCAGUUGAAGGCUUUGCGGGCAGCAUCAGAGAGUCAACAACACAGCCAAGAAAGUAGUGAUGAUGACGAUGAAGGGGAGGCAUACAGCUCGGGGGAUCGAAAUGAGCCACCAACUCAAAAGCCAGCACUUGAUCCUAGCCUCUCAUUUCUGCCACCACCUCCCCCACCACCCAUGCUUUCUUCCACUCCCUCUUCCACCCCUUCAUUUGUGCCCCCACAGUUACGACACCGUGCCCCUCCUCCACCACCUCCAAACAGACCACAGGGACCCCCUAGCAGACCUCAGGGACCUGGACCAGGUGGACAAGGGCCCCACAGUGGACCACCAGGACCUCCAAGAAUGAGGCCACCUCCCCCACCCCCUCAUGCCAGACCACCCUACCCCGGUCCCCAUAUGGGUCCAGGCCCAGGUCCAAUGCAGGGACCAGGACCCCAUGGACCACCAGGUCACCAUCCUGGGCCUGGAGGAUUCCCGGGUCACCAGUCCGGCCCAGGAGGAUAUCCAGGACCCCAGGCCGGGCCUGGAGGAUAUCCGGGUCACCAGUCCGGGCCUGGAGGAUACCCACCUGGUCCCCAUCAUGGUAUGGGAGGGAUGGGUGGUCCGGGAGGUCCCGGACCAGGUGGACCAAUGAGGAUGCCGGGGCCACCUAUGGGAGGGCCUGGGGGUCCAGGUCCUAGGCCAGGGUUCAUGCAGGGGCCACGACCCAUGGGGGGAGGCCCACCAGGACCCCCUGGGGACAACAUGUAUGGGGUCAGCACGGGCGAGGCUCAUACUCAGGCUGCCAAGGUUAUGGAGAAGGUGGAAGAAGAUAAGCCAAAGGUGAUCUAUGCAUCGGCUCCGAUGAUCACCGUACAGCGCGAUAAAAAGGGGAAGAAGAGGAAGAAAAAGCAUGUUGAUGGGGAGGAAGGACAAGGUGAUGGCACAUCAGGGGAUGGCAAAGGUGACUCCAAGGGUGAGCCCUCAGGUCCCAAACUUCCCAACAGUCUCAAGUCUUACACUAUCACCAUGCCACAGCCAGUGGACAACACUCAGGUUGCCGAUAUGGAGCUGGACGCUGGGGCGAGUCAUCCACAGAAAGAAAAAAAGGAGAAGAAAAAGAAGAAGUUUGUCCGCAUGGCAGCAGGCACGACAUGGGAGGACGUAUCACUGGCGGAAUGGGACACAGACGACUUCCGACUAUUCUGUGGUGACCUUGGUAAUGAGGUAUCUGACGAGGUUCUAGCCCGGGCAUUUAACAAGUACCCUUCAUUUGUUAGAGCGAAGGUCGUGCGCGAUAAACGCUCCAAUAAGACAAAGGGUUACGGCUUUGUGAGCUUCAGAGACCCAAAUGACUACGUGAGAGCAAUGAGGGAAAUGAAUGGCAAAUACGUGGGGAACCGACCUAUAAAGUUACGUAAGAGUAACUGGAAAGACAGAAAUAUUGAAGUUGUUAAGAAAAAGGAAAGAGAAAAGAAGAAGCUCGGCCUUAAAUGAUUGUGUCGUAAAUAUAGUGUUAUUCCCUAGCAAUUGUAUAAAGUUACCUUGAAGAGAGAAGAGGUCCAAGAAUAAUUGUUUCAUUGGUUCUGAGUAACUACUCAGCUGAUACAUCAAAUAGAACAGAACAUCAGUAUGAACAGAACAGAACAAUUAUUUUACAUGAAGGUCAUUAAAGGACCAAUGUUGCCUAAAUACCAUACAAUAAUAUGAAACUUAUCCUUUACUUGGUGAAUGUGUGAAUCUAUUAGCAGUUUGGAAUGGAAUGGAUAUUAUCUCCUUUGUUUGUGAAAAUGAACUUGAAUGAACAGACACACAGUGAAGUUUGUUAUGUCAAAAUGGAACUGCCUUUGCCAUGGGAUUCAACAAGAGAAUACUGUUGUUUUGAUAAUGUACUUGUUUAGGAAAUGUAUGGUAAAAAGUACUAUUCAAAUGUGAUACAUGUUAUAGUACUUAAAUUUACAUGAAAAUGUGUACAACAAAAUAAAUGUUG